AUGACCUUGUACGUCCUCAUGUCUAUUCACUUCCAUUGGAGUGAGGGUGCCAAGGAAUAUUCCACAGCUGAAGCAGAAUGGGACAGAGCUCUCACUGGCUUCACAGUAUACCUCAAGCCAAUACUAACACAUAGUGGACCUCCUUUGACAAGCACAUUACCUCAGUGGUGCAAUUCCAUCGGUCGAGUGCUGACCAGUCCAAAGGCUUAUGCAGAGGGGCUAAAAGAAGAGGAUGCGGACUGCAUUGUUAACCAUGAUGAACUGACAGCAGCUUAUGAAGACAUAGAGUCGUCAUCCAGUAUGCCUCACUCUGCACAGCAAGGCAGUGAACAGCCAAGUCCUGUACCAGCAGAGGUCAGAGAUAAUGUACAAGACGGGGACCUGGGACUUGGGGGAUUUGAAUUUGCACAGGAUAGAACGUCCCAUCAAGCUCACAUAGAAUUCCCAGGAGGGAACAUACGGAUCUAA